UUCAUACAUGGUCGAAGUCCGAUGAAGUUUUAUAUUUCGUGACAGGCCCGAUGUAUAUAUGAGUAGAUUUAAAAGUAUUUCAGUGAAGUCGCUGACUUUAUUCAAUAUUGGAAAUACGAGCAAAAAUGAAGAGCCCAUCGAGGAACGAUUGAAACCCGAACAGUUUUCCUUCAUUAAGACUGUUCGACAUGGCUUUCCCUAUAAACCCACCUGCAUUGCGUAUGAUCCUCUGCAGAAAAUACUGGCUAUCGGAACGGCGAAAGGAUAUAUAAAUUUCUAUGGCCAGCCUGGUGUUCAAUGUACUGUUUCACAUGAUAAGAAGGUCAUUGUAAAGAAAUUAUUGUUCCUUGUUAACGAGGGAGCGUUGGUGAGUGUUUGUUCAGAUGAUGCCAUACACUUAUGGAAUCUAAGGCAUAGAAAACCUGCAAUAGUUCAUUCGCUGCACUUUAACUACAAGCGUGACAGCAUAUCUUGUGCCAGCGUGUCCUUUCAAAGCAAAUGGAUUUAUCUGGGAACGAAGUCUGGGAAUGUGCAUGUUCUCAAUAUUGAAACGUUUCAACUGUCUGGCUACAUUAUCCAUUGGAAUAAAGCCAUUGUGAGGUCUCAAAAAGAGCAUCCUGGGCCAAUAUAUGAAAUCCUUGAAGACCCUCAAGAUGCUAAUAAGAUUCUGAUUUGUUUCGAGUCCGGUCUUGUCGUUCUUUGGGAUCUGAAGAAUAGAAUUGUCGAUGAACGGUUUCAAUCACCGCAGAAUUCGUUGCAAAGUGCAUCAUGGUAUUGCGAUGGGAAACAAUUCGUUACUAGUCAUUACGACGGCAGUCUCUCUGUGUGGAAUAUUAAGAACCCACAAAGACCUAUCGAAGUGUUCACUCCUCACUCUCAAGGUAAAUCAAAGAGCGGCGAGACCUUUAAAUCAAUCUGCAAUCCUAUAUACAAAGUUUGUUUUGUGAGGGAGUCGUGUUUUCUAUUUUCUGGCGGUCUCAAUCACGGCAACAAAUAUCAAGGUCUUACAGUGAUGGAAGGCAAAACAAAAAAGUUAUUAGACACCAAGCCUAUUGUGGAUUUCGCCAUUAUGAAUUCAACACCUUGGGUGAGCGAAGAAGUUGUUACCACUGGAUUGAUCGUUCUUCUCCAAACCGAACUCAUUGUGUAUGAUUUAAGUAAUCCGAAGUUCAGUCACUUGUCUGUAUAUGAUAUACCGUACGAGUUUUCACUUCACGAAUCUCCAGUUACGUUCACCGACUAUAUUGGUCAUUGUCCACCUUCAUUACUCGAAGAUUUGUACUCUACAGGUUCAAAGAACAGAAAGCCUUUUUCCGAGAACUGGCCAAUUAACGGGGGAACGCUUGGAGAUGACUAUGAAAACAGUUCAGUUGAUCUCAUCAUUACCGGACAUGCUGAUGGAACUGUUAAAUUUUGGGAUGGAUCUUCGGGCUCGUUCGCUCUUAUCGCAGUUUUACCCACGUACAGAUACUUUCACAAACGACGAAGAGUAUCAAAAACCGACAGUAACGGCAGUAAGGAGAGCAAUUCUGAUGAAUUACACGACGAAGAUUUUGAAUUUCUCGCCAUUCAGAUGGCUUACUUGUGUGUCUUCAGCAGGACACUGGCACUAGUUAACGCUGGAAAUAAUGUGCUAUAUUUUAUGUUCGAUAAUAAUGAAAAGAGUUUUGAACUUGUGAUACUUCCAAUCGAAAUAGUCCCUGAGAAAUCCGAGGAGGCCAACGAUUUUUCAAACCAAGCUGAUACAAUUCAAGAGGUUUUGCCAGAAUCCCGGGAAAACGAUGUCGAUUGCGAGCUAGAGACGACAACAGAUAGUGCACAACAGAAUGAAGAUGGAAAGUCGGAUGCUGACAAACUUUCACCGUCAGUGACCACACUUCCAGCACAAUCAAUAUGGCGACCGAAGACUGGGUUCGGCAAGCGGCCUCCUGGCUUCCAAGGAAAACUGUGUUGUGUCAUUGAUAUGAUGGAGAACACAUUGCCGUUGUGCUAUCUUACACUCAGUUCUGGAUUUGGCAUAAUGGCGUUUGGCAGUCUUAAUUAUCUCGUCCUUGUCGAUGCAAUUCAAAAUAAACUUAUAUCUACGUUCUAUCCACCAGAUCUCACAGUUGCCAAAGUUCCUUCGACGCCUUGCACGCCUGCAACACCGCUGACACCUGGUUAUUUGUCUGGGGAUGGAGAAUCACCUAGUAGUAAGAAACGUGAUUUCAGAUGUCCGUCCAGACGACGUGUGACGAAGUCGAAGCACAAGCCACUGGAAGCAUCUACUGAGAACGAUUUCUCGGAUGGAGCAGUGCUAAGUGUAACUACUUCGGAGAAUUCGUCUGAGCACAUUUUGUGUGUCACGUGUGCUUAUACGUUUACAAAGAAAAAAGAAAAUCUUGUUGGUCCUUGCUUUUGGGUUGGCACAAGUACCGGAAAUGUGAUUUUAUUUGCUGCCAGUUUUCCACCAGCUGGUGAACAGAGACAAACGCAACCAGUUCUAACUUUCAACACAGGGUUGGUUUUCACACACAAGGGUGAAGUCGACAAUAUUUCGAUAUUGGAUAAAAAUGGUCAUUUGUUUUCAUCUCCCUCGUGUUUCUGGUCCAGUGCUGGAAUACCUGACGGCUCGCGUACAGCAGUCUGCUCUAACGAUAACAAUGAAGAACGUCAUUUUCUUGUUGUGUGUACCGACAAAGAGGCUGAGGUCCAUUGUUUGCCAUCGCAUGCACGCUUUUCUAAGAAAGAUCUCUCAGAAUACAAUUCUGUAUUGACUUCAGAUGUUGUCACUAUUGAAGGUAAUAGUUGUCUUGUAUGCCUUUGCGAAAGUGGAAAUUUUUUGGCGUUUAGUCUCCCAAGCCUUGCUCUCUUGAUGAACCUCAUUUGGGAGUUCCCAUCACAGCGAACAAAUUUUCUUCGCACGUUCAAGUUAGCCUGUGAUGGCCAGGCAUUGUAUCUUCAUUCUCCGACAGAGCUUCAGUUUGUGUCAAUAGUCACUAAAACUGGACUCAACUUUCCCGAGUUCUCUGGCUCGCUUUUUACGGUAGUGCCAGUUCCCGAAAGACCAAGACGCGGUUUUUUGGCCUCUCUAUUCAAUAUAGGACCAAGUGAUUUAGACCGGGAAAGAUUAUUUGGUGUUGAGAGCGGAAAAUCAUCACAGUAUUUGGCUACCCGAAUUCCUGGAAAAGGUACAGAGGACAUUCAAGCUAAGUCAGGUGGUGUUGCUGAUGUAAUGGCCAAGAACAUACAGGCGGUAAAAGAGCGUGGGGAAAAACUAGAAGACUUAGAUCUCAAGACGCAGCAUAUGCGGGAUCAAGCCAAUCAGUAUUCAAGAAAUGCCCGUGCAUUAGCACAUAAAUUUAAAGAAAAAAAAUGGUAUCAAUGGUAGGACAAUAGGGAAUUUUAGAAAUGUUGCCGCUGAAUUUGUCGACAAUUUUAAUUUACUGAACUAUCUGAGCGUUAUAAAUUACAAAUACAAUUUUGCAUGCAAUGCUGUUGUAUCAUUGUACAAUUAUGUAUUGUGAAUUGCUAUGUGAAAUAAUUCAUUUGUUCUUUAGAGAGUAAA